CAUAAAUCAAUUAAAAUCUCAAUACCUGUAUUAGGGUUUCUACUAAAGAAAUUGAUUUAGUAAUACCCAAACUGAGUCAUAAAUCAAUUAAAAUCUCAAUACCUGCAUCCUUAGAGUUCCUAUUAAGGAAAUUAAUUUAAUAUCUAAACUGAAUCACAAGUCAAUUAAAAUCUCAAUACCUACAUUCAUACAGUUCCCACAGACAGAUUUGGAAAUGUAGAUUUGACUGCCGGGUAGUUCUAAUAUUAACGCAACGUAACAUAAUUAAACAGCAAUGACAAGCGGCCGUGGAGACGCAAGAGCCGAGGUAGGAAUAGCCGCGAUGGGUGUCCACUGUCCUCACCUGAUCCUCUGUCAAAUCAGUGACUCCCAGACGUACACGAAUACCUUAUCCAAAUUAUACUUGUUCGACCCUAUUCAAGUUCUGAUGCCAGACACAAUGUGCGAACGCGUCGCGAGCAGGAACAUCCUCUCUCGCUCUAUCAUGGAGAAGUUCCCAGAGACACAGCUGACACCGAUAUCUCGUGUUCACUUCAACGACACGGUCGGACUGGAACGGGUGCGCACCCUUUGCGCGCCAGAAUACUCCUCUGUGGAGCUCUUCGUUAAACAAAAGUACUACGCGUUAGCUGCGACCGCUGCCUUGGUCAAGUACGUGGAAUACUCGCAGCGUAUCGUUUACUCUCCUAAAUCGGUUCGAAUCGAAUUCCAAGGAUCGCCGAACGCUAUUAGUAUAGAUCUGGAGAGCGCGCGAAGCUUGGAGCUAGUUCAGUCGCAGUGCGGUCAACGGAACGUCAGCUUGCUAGGUGUCCUAGACCGUUGUUCGACGCCAAUGGGCAGAAAACUAUUGCGCGCCAACAUCUUACAGCCAUCGUGCGAGGAAUGCGUCAUCGUCGACCGGCAAACUGCCAUCGCCGAGCUGGUGUCCAACCGUGCUCUGCGAACUCUUCUUCAGCCAAUCUUACGCCGUCUGUACGGCGCGGACAGACUCGCUGCGUUGUCGGUGGUGCCGGUUUUCCACGACAACAACGUACAAUGCGCCGAGCAGAAUUUGAAUUACGUGCUGCUCCUGAAGAACAUGUUGGACGUUGUCCCGGAACUCGAGGCAGCGCUGUCGUCGGCGGAGACCGAUCUUCUUCGGAAAAUCAGGAAGAGACUGGAGAACCCCCGGUUUCGACUGAUGAAGGAGCGAAUCCUCGAAACGAUACAUCCGGACGCGAGGUCCGUGUCGGGGUACACGUCCUCGAACAUGCAACGCUGCUUCGCCAUCAAGGCAGGCAUCAACGACUUGUUGGACGUAGCGAGACGAACUUACUGCGAGCUGAUCGACGAUAUGAAAACCAUGGUAGAGAAUUUAGCGGCCAAGCACAAGCUACCUUUGUCCUUGGGCUGUAACGCGUCCGACGGUUAUCACAUCCAAGCUAUUCUCCCUCGAAACUCCACCACAGAAACGUUUCAGUUACCAAUGGAAUUUAUUGAGGUACGAAAAAGCAAACGGAUCUGCAUGAUGACCACAAGCGCGCUCGCAACGUUGAGCCAACAAUGUAAGAUUUCGUCCGAAGAAUUGCACUUAAUGAGCAACGUACUACUCUGCGACCUAUUACAAGCUGCUCGUGAACACAUCAGUUGUUUCUUUCAAUUGAGCACCGAUGUAGCAGAGUUAGACGUCUUAAGUUCACUCGCGAGAGCGAGUGCACUCCACGCGUACGUCAGACCAACGUUUGGAACGAAGCUGGAAUUACUCGACUCCAGACAUCCAGUCUUAGAAGUUUUUGGCCUCGAUGAUCCUGUGCCAAAUAACGUUAGUGCCUCGGUACCUUGGAAUUUCCAUGUAAUCUCUGGACCCAACAUGAGUGGCAAAUCAACUUACUUGAAGCAAAUCGUGUUGUUGCAUAUAAUGGCACAAAUCGGUUGCUUCGUGCCAGCCAAACGAGCGGCGUUCCGUAUAACGGAUCUAAUAUUCUGCAAAAUAGCCGUUCGCGACGACAUUGCAUGCAAUGCUUCGACGUUUGCUCUCGAAAUGAAAGAGGCACAGUACAUUCUGCGAUCCAUCACACCCACCUCGCUGGUUAUUCUGGACGAAUUGUGCAAGGGGACUGCAGUCGAGGAAGGUGUUUCCAUCGCGUGGGCUAUAUGCGAACGACUUUUAGACUCCACCGCUUUUAUCUUCGCCGCGACGCAUUUCGCGCAUUUGACGAAACUGGCGCACUUGUACUGCAACGUGACCAACCAUUACUUUGAAACGACGAGUGUGCAAGAAACUUUAUCGGACAGCGGAAGUCCCCCUCGGUUCCUGUAUACUCAUCGACUAAAGUCUGGCAUGGCAUCUCACGCCGAUGACUAUGGUAUCGUUUUAGCCGAAUUAUCCGGCUUGCCGAAAUCUCUCACGGAAAACGCUCGGAAGUAUGCUUCUAAAAGAGCGAUUGCUGAUCAAAUUAUGGGCGAAUCCAGUUCAUGGAAACACACGUGUUACCGUAUCGUCGUUGAGAUGUAUCAACUCCUAGAAAGAGGAGAGUUCCAUCCAGAGAAGAUAACUAGCCAAAUGGAACGUAUCGCGAAGCUUCGAAUAGAAAAUGCGAAUAGGGACAACGAAAUGGAAGUUCAACAAACGACGAGCAAUGUUGUCACAGUUAAUGUGGACAAGAGGAUGGAAGGGACCAUUUCAAAGGAUUCCACGUGUGGAACAAGCUGGAUGAAUUCGCUGAAGCAGCAUACAGUUGACAAAAUCCAGACUUAUGAGAAAAAUGAUUUCAAAGGAGCUUCUUUGUCGAAUCGCACAGGCGUGGAACAAGCUCAAACAGAAAAUGUUCAGUUUCAGAAUAAUGCUACCUCCAAUUUAAAUGGAAAUGAUCUCAAUGAUUCCAGCGGGCGACCUUCCAACUCUUUCAGUUCUUUCUCCUCUUAUUUGCUGAGAACUGAACGUUUUUCAAACAACAUGCAAGGGUGUUCGACACCGUUUAAUAACAUGGAGUCUCAGUGCAUUGACAAACGGGUAGGAAACGACUCGAACUUCAUGGCUAACGAUACUGCUCUAUCCUUUUCCAUUACGCGUGAUUUACUGCCAAUGGAAAUGUCAAUGUUAACCAAUGCAUCGACGAGACUGUACGAGUAUUGCCUGUCGGAUUUUGAUUUUGAGAAGUCUGAUGUUUUCAGUGGUAGUAGUGAAUUAGUAAUUACAUCUGAUGCUCCAACUAAUCUUUAACGCUGGAAUGAUUAACACUACCAGAUGGGUCAGAAUGACCCAUUUCUUGUUUCCUUUUGCUAUUACUGAAAA